AUGUUCAGAAACACGAACGUUAUUACUCCCAUCCCGGACGAUACGGAGAAAAUCCAGAGGUAUAUCCAGGAUCGUCGUGUCAUCGGGUACGACCCUCUGGUGCAGCCGUCGUUGCUCCGCCAUGAGAUCCAAUCCAGCCCAGAGUCUCAAAAGACCAUCGCUGCCGCACGUUUCGCCGCCGCGCGAAUUUUGGCUGGACAAGACGACAGGGUAUUGGUGAUUGUAGGCCCUUGCUCGAUCCACUCGCCAGCCCAGGCGAUGGAGUACGCCCAGCUGCUGAAGGAGAAAAUCCCAGAGUGGACUAACCUACACAUCGUUAUGAGAGCUUACUUCGAAGUAAGGGCCUCCAAACCCCGCACGACUGUUGGCUGGAAGGGCUUGAUCAAUGACCCCGACAUCGAUGGCUCCUUCCAAAUCAACAAAGGUCUCCGCCUCGCUCGCCAACUGCUCUGCGACUUGACGCACAUUGGAGUUCCCGUGGGUUCCGAGUUGCUGGAUACCAUCUCGCCUCAGUACAUUUCUGAUUUGAUCUCCUGGGGAGCCAUUGGUGCUCGUACCACCGAGUCCCAGCUGCACCGUGAGCUUGCGUCCGGUGUGUCGUUCCCCAUCGGAUUCAAGAACGGCACAGACGGUAGUGUAACCGUAGCGGUUGACGCCAUGCGGGCGAGUUCGAACCCGCAUGCGUUCAUGGGUGUCACCGAACAGGGGUUGGCUGCUAUUGUCAAGACACGCGGGAACCAGGACGUGCACGUUAUCCUUCGCGGUGGCACAAAGGGCCCCAACUACGCGUCCGACCACAUCAAGGCGGCGGCGUCUGGGAUUGAGAAGGCUCGUCCCCAGAACCACCCGUCCAUCAUGGUGGACUGCAGUCACGGCAACUCACAAAAGAACCACGAGAACCAGACAAAGGUCAUUGACGACAUCUGCGAGCAGCUCGUUGCGGGCGAGAAGCACAUCACCGGGGUGAUGAUUGAGUCUCACAUCAACGCUGGUCGCCAGGACGUGCCCCCCGAGGGCCCAUCCGCGCUCAAGCACGGUGUCUCCAUCACCGACGCCUGCGUCGACUGGCAAACCACCGUUACGAUGCUCGACAAGCUGAACCAGGCGGUGCGCCAACGACGCAUGAACUUCAUCGAGGCUGGGCUCAAGAAGCCUGCCGCAUUCCAGCGCGUGCUCAACGCCUCGUAA